AGGGAACUCUAAUUUUCCUUUUUUUCUCUAUUUUCUCACUUCUCUGAUUAAGCUGAUUCUUUGACUAAAGUUCCCCUAGAGACAGGCAGGCAGAGGCCAUGAGUGGGAGGGGUCCACCCUCGGAAGGCCUCACAGGGUCCUGCUGGGUUACACCUUCUUGCAAGUUGGAAGAAGCAUUCUAAGAACCAGGCUGAGAAGGAGACUCUGAUGACCUUCAGGGAGGAUUCCACGAAAAGGUGUUUGGGAAAACCUGUAACACACGCCUCAAGCCCUGGAGUUUGGGAGCGCGUUUCACGUGGCCUCGCCGUUUAGGGGACGUUUGAGACACCCCCCAAAAAGGGAGGAAGAAUGUCUUCAGCAAUUCCCCAGCAAACCAUGCCGGUCCAUGAAACAUCCGGAGGAAGGAAAAAUACCUUCCAGUUAGAUGUGGGGGGAGCUUUUCAUAUUGUGGAUGCCGCGGGGAGGAAUCCAGGGGGUAAAAGGGCUUUGCUGGGUGUACGUGUGCGAUGCAGCCCUCGCUCAGCACGGAGGGGCCCGUGCCGGAAGCGGCGGACCGGGUGCCGCGAGCUCAGCCGACCAACCAGGGGCCACCGGCCUCGACGGGCUGGGCAUCCCCGCCCCGAGGGCGCGGGCUGGUCCGCUGCACGCGGAGGAGCCGGCUCUCAGCGCGGCGGCGGUGGCGACGGGCCUCGGGCACCCGCGGGGCAGCCCCCGCUCGGCGAGCGCCCUCGCCCACCGGACCGCAGCACGCGCGGCGGAGAGGGGAGCCGGCCGCCCCGGAGGCUCCGGGCCUCGCGAGGUCACCGAGCCGCCGUCCUCCCGGCGCCCAGAGCGUCCCGGAAGCGCGGGGCGGGCGGGGCGCAGGCGCACUUCCGGCCGGCGCGCGGGCGGCCGCCUCCCGCGCGGAAGGUCCGGGUGCGCACACCUCAGCAGGCCUUGGGGGAAGAUGGCGGCCCUGGUGGACAGUCAGGAGCCCCCUCACGUCCUGUCCCCUGUUGGUCUCGAGUCACCAGGGACACCUGGAGCCCAGCUUCACGGUCAGCAACAUGGCCUCAGGACACGCUUUCUGUGCCAUUUUAUAAACAAGGAAAGCUUCCAGCCCCCCGAAAAAGCACCCAUCGUCCUCCCGGCCUCCUUGUCCUCCCCCUGGAGCACCACCCCCCAGCGCUGCGGUGUCCACUCAAGCCCUGGACCUGGGGGCCUCGGCCCAGGUCGGGCUUCCCCGUCUGCAGCCCUGAGGUGCCCUCCCAGCUGCCACAGGAGGAGGGGCUGUGGGACCUGGACCUCCAGGACGAGCAGGAGGACCAGAUCGCCAGAGACACCUGCCUGCCAGAUUCCGAGUCGGAGCCCCAGCUGGCUCCGUCGUCUCCCCGCCCGCGCGGCCCUGGAGAGGAGGUUCACGGGGGCCGGGACCGGGGCGCGCUCCGGACCCUGCUGAGGCGUCUCGCCCGGAGGCCCAAGUGUGGGGAUGGCUUGGGGCAGGAGUGCAGCUUGGAGCAGCCGCCGGGAGCCGGGCCCUGCACCCAGAAGAGAGGAGGCCCCUGGCUGGGGCCGCAGGGAGCCCUGGGGACGGAGGGUGGCCCGGAGCGGGCCGCCGAGCUGGCGGGCAGCUGUGCCAGGGGCUCGGGCCUUGGGGCCCGGCAGGGCGGCCCUCGGGGCGGGAAGCCGCACCGCUGUGAGGCCUGCGGCAAGAGCUUCAGGUAUAACUCGCUGCUGCUGAAGCACCAGCGCAUCCACACGGGCGAGAAGCCCUAUGAGUGCCCCGACUGCGGCAAGCGCUUCCGCGGCUGGUCCGGCUUCAUCCAGCACCACCGCAUCCACACAGGUGAGAAGCCCUAUGAGUGCGGCCAGUGCGGCCGCGCCUUCAGCCACAGCUCGCACUUCACGCAGCACGUGCGGGUCCACAACGGCGAGAAGCCCUACGCGUGCGGUGAGUGCGGCCAGGCCUUCAGCCAGAGCUCCAACCUGCUGCGCCACCAGCGGCUGCACACGGGCGAGAAGCCCUACGCCUGCAGCCAGUGCGGCAAGGCCUUCAUCUGGAGCUCCGUGCUCAUCGAGCACCAGCGCAUCCACACGGGCGAGAAGCCCUACGAGUGCCCCGACUGCGGCAAGGCCUUCCGCGGCCGCUCGCACUUCUUCCGGCACCUGCGGACCCACACGGGCGAGAAGCCCUUUGCCUGCGGCGCCUGCGGCAAGGCCUUCGGCCAGAGUUCCCAGCUCAUCCAGCACCAGAGGGUCCACUCCCGGGAGUACCCCUGCGAGGCCGCUAGCAGCCAGCCCAGCGAUGGGCCGCCCUGCCUCUCCAGGCUGCACUCCCAGGGCCGCAGCUACCGAGGGCUUCUGACCCCACCCCACCCCCAGGGCCAAGGACUCCUUGAGUCCUCUCCACUGGUGCACAGUAUCGCAGUGCUUCUGCUUUUGGGCAGCCAGGCUGCAGGGCGGGCCAUCUCGGGCAAGGUCCACAAGCUCGCCAAGCCGCACCAGUAUAUUGUCAAGUCUCUGCUCCACCGACUUCUCCGAGGCCCCAUCUUCCGCCUAGGCCAGCACCUCGGACAGCUCCAGCGGCGCGCGCCCGCCGCGGCGCGCAGCUCCACCGCCCUGAGGCUCUCCGGGUCGGUCCCCUGGGAGGGGGGCCCCCGGGGGCCCCCGAGCUUCCUAGAGCUCCCGGAAGUUCUCCGAACGGCGCGGGGUGGGGCUCACCCUGGGCGCGGCGCGCGCUUCCGGCUCGGCUCCAGCCAGGUCCGGGCUACAGAAUGUGGCCAGGCCUUCAGCCCCAUUCAGCACCAGCAGGUCCACACCCAGGAGAAGCGCUGCACCUGCCAGCAGUGUGGGCACACCUUCAGUGGCAGCUCCUUCCUCAGCAAGCACAGCGAGGGCGAACAUGGGCCGCGGGAGGGAGGACGGCGCCGCUGGCAGAAGCACCAGGACGAGGGGAAGUCCACCUGCACCACCAGCCGCCGUGAGGCUCGGCGCCCGGGCCAGGGCAGGUUCGAGGCUCCAUGCCCUCGGCGGGCUUCCUCCAUGGGAGCGUCCCCGGAAGUGCCCGCGCCGCCGAGGCGCAGGCGGAGACGGCGCUUCCGGUCGGCGGCGGGCGGCGCGGGCGGCGCGGACGGCGGGCGGCGGAGGCUGCGGGGUGAGUGCCUCGGGGGGCGCCGGGGAGGUGGGAGAAGGGGGCGCGGGGCUGCCGACGCGGGAAACGGAGACCGGGGCACGGGGCCUGCCCGUUCCGGGCUGUCUCCGCGGAAGGGCGCGCGUCCGGGAGGAGAGCGGCACGCCCCCCGCGCGGGCGGCGACCGCUUCCCCGCCCAGGAUGAGACCCCGAGGGCCGGCCUCCCCGACGGGGGUGAGACCCCGGGGGGCCGACCUCCUGGUUCCCUUAAUCUCCGUGCUCGUUGUCCCACUGCUGGCCUCUCUGCAGGAAGCAGCAAGCAGAGCCCGGGGCCAGAGUGGCCCAGAGAGGACUGCCCUGAUGAGCGCAUGCACAGGUGGGUGUUCGGUGCCCACGAGCCGAGGGCCUUGUGUAACCGGCUGUUCACCACCCCCGAGCCAGGACCAGGAGGCCACCUCAGCACAGUCAGCUCCGCCUCCCUCAGCAGGGGCUGUGCCUCUCGUGCCGACCUGACUGGGGAAGGAGGCUGCCUGUGGAUCUUGGCAGGAGCUUCCAGCUGUGCUGCUUCAGUGGCUGAGCAAGGGGCUCCGAGCACAAGGCUGAUGCCACAGCAGGCAGCCCUGGGAGAAGGGGGGUUCCAUGGAGAGGCCGUGCCAGGACUGUUCCAGGGGCCUCCCCAGGCCCCAGGGUUUCUGGAUCCCUGUGCAAAGGAGGAAGCUGAAGAGAGGCCCGGCCUGGCUGUUGAUGAGGAAACUGGAGGGCCGAGUGGCCGUGAGGACAGCAUGUCCGGGUCAGAGGUCACCCUGCACACAGGCCAUGUGACUGAUGGGCGAGGCCCCUGGAAAGGGCGGCCGUAUCAGUGCAGCACCUGUGACAGGAGCUUCAAAUGCUACUCGGAUGCGGUGAAGCAUCAGAGCAUCCACUCUGGGGAGAAGCCCUACGAGUGCAGCGACUGCGGGAAGGCCUUCAUCCACAGCUCCCACGUCGUCAGGCACCAGCGCACCCACAAUGGGGAGAGGCCGUACAUUUGCAAGGAGUGUGGGAAAGCCUUCAGCCAGAGCUUUAACCUCGUCAGACACCAGAGGAGCCACACGGGAGAAAAGCCGUAUGGAUGUGCCGAGUGUGGCAAGUCCUUCGGGCAGAGGUCGGACGCAGUGAAGCACCGGCGCAUCCACACUGGGGAGCGGCUGUACGAGUGCAGUGACUGCGGGAAGACCUUCAUCCACAGCUCAAACGUUGUCCGGCAUCAGCGCAUCCACCACGGAGAGAAUCCCUACGAGUGCAAGGAGUGCGGGAAAGCCUUCAGCCAGAGCUCCAACCUGAUCCAGCACCAGCGGGUCCACACCGGGGAGAAGCCCUACGCCUGCCAGGAGUGUGGGCGUGCCUUCAGCCGCAGCUCCUUCCUCAGCGAGCACCGGCGCAUCCACACCGGGGAGAAGCCCUACGAGUGCAGCGAGUGUGGCCGCGCCUUCAGGGCCUUGUCAGGCUUCUUCCGGCACCAGAGGAUCCACACCGGGGAGAAGCCCUUCCGCUGUGCCGAGUGCGGCAGGGCCUUCCGCUUGAGCUUUCAUCUCAUCCAGCACCGGCGGGUUCAUGGCACGGAGUGACCCUGUGGUGGGGUGAAUGCGCAGCAGAAAACUGAGCAGCCGCCUGGCUUUGCCCCGCGUCGGGUCCGCGGGCUUUGUUCUGUGGGCGGUGGGGGAGGGAGAGAAGCCUGGGGAAAGCAGGCUCCACCAGGGAAGCAGAGGUUUUCCCAAAGGAAAGGAGCGUGCUGGCACCUCUGAAAUCAAUUUUUCAUUUUCUUAGCAUUGGUGUUUUCCUGAGGUCUCAUUUACAUGUGGUGAAACGCAGAGAUCCUAAGUGCUUGGUUCGUGAGUUGUGCCUGUGGGACGACCACAGCGUCCACUGCAGCACUUCCCCCCCCCGAUGACCUCCUCGCGCCCUCGCAUCGGCCCCACAUCCUCAGAGGCAGCCUGUGCCCUGGGAUCUGUCACUCGUCUCGUGUGUUCCAGAACUUUACAUAAAUAGGAUGACACACUUUUAGGUUUCUUCCCCUUUGCUUAA